UCGAUGUUUCACAGAGCAUUUUGCUCCCAAAUUGUUUAGUCAUUCUGCCUUUAAAACAAAAGAAAACAUUGCUUAAGUUGCUUUUUUGCUGUCGAAAAGUUUAAAUUGAACUACAACAAAAUGCCGGACUAUCUGGGAGAUGAUCAGCGCAAAGUGAAACAUGAAGAGAAGGAGGAAAAGGAAAUCAAGUCGCUGGACGAAGGCGACAUCGAACUACUGAAGACCUACGGCCAGAGCCAGUACCACAAGUCCAUAAAAAACAUCGAGGAAGACAUUCAAAAGGCUGUAAAGCAGGUCAAUGAGUUGACUGGCAUCAAGGAGAGCGACACAGGGCUGGCACCUCCUGCGCUCUGGGAUCUGGCUGCUGAUAAGCAAAUUUUGCAGAAUGAGCAACCGCUUCAGGUGGCCCGUUGCACCAAAAUCAUUAACGCCGACACGGAUGACCCGAAGUACAUUAUCAACGUGAAGCAGUUUGCCAAGUUCGUCGUGGACUUGGCCGAUUCGGUGGCCACCACCGAUAUUGAGGAAGGAAUGCGUGUGGGUGUCGAUCGCAACAAGUACCAGAUCCACAUACCGCUGCCGCCAAAGAUUGAUCCAACUGUGACGAUGAUGCAGGUGGAAGAUAAGCCGGAUGUGACCUACAGCGAUGUUGGCGGCUGCAAGGAGCAGAUUGAGAAGCUGCGUGAGGUUGUGGAAACGCCACUGCUCCAUCCCGAGAAAUUCGUCAACUUGGGCAUUGAGCCGCCCAAGGGCGUGUUGCUGUUUGGACCGCCUGGUACUGGCAAGACACUCUGUGCUCGAGCCGUGGCCAAUCGCACGGAUGCCUGCUUCAUCCGCGUCAUCGGUUCAGAGCUGGUGCAAAAGUAUGUCGGCGAGGGAGCACGUAUGGUGCGUGAGCUGUUUGAGAUGGCGCGCUCCAAGAAGGCUUGUCUCAUUUUCUUCGAUGAAAUCGAUGCGAUUGGCGGAGCCCGAUUCGACGAUGGUGCUGGUGGUGACAACGAGGUGCAGCGUACUAUGUUGGAGCUUAUCAAUCAGCUAGAUGGCUUCGAUCCUCGUGGCAACAUCAAGGUUCUGAUGGCAACCAACAGACCUGACACUCUGGAUCCAGCGUUAAUGCGUCCCGGCCGUCUGGACCGUAAGGUGGAGUUCGGUCUGCCUGACCAGGACGGUCGUUCGCACAUCUUCAAGAUUCACGCUCGCUCCAUGUCCGUGGAACGUGACAUUCGUUUUGAUCUGCUGGCCCGUCUUUGCCCCAACUCAACGGGCGCUGAGAUCCGCUCAGUCUGCACGGAAGCCGGCAUGUUUGCCAUUCGUGCACGUCGCAAGGUGGCGACCGAAAAGGAUUUCCUCGAGGCCGUCAACAAGGUUAUCAAGAGCUACGCCAAGUUCAGCGCCACCCCACGCUAUAUGACCUAUAAUUAAGAUUAUUUUUAUUGGCACUAUUUUGUAUCCACUGAAGGAGAAGCUGUUGUAGAAAAUAGCAUAUCCUUCAACUGGCAAUUAAUUAAAUAAAACAAAAAGUAUA